GGAGCGGGGAGGAGGAGGAGCGGCCCGGCCUCGGCUCGCAGGCUUCGGAGCGGGGAGAGCGGAGCGGGGGGGUGGGGAGAGAGACGGACGGCGGGGGAGUGACAGACGGACAGAGAGAGAGAACGAGGCAGGAAUCAGGCGGCGGAAGGGAGAGAGAGAAGCCUAGGACGGAGGGCCGGAGAGGAGAAGUAAAAGCCAGGGAUGGCCAUGAUAGAAGUUACAGUGAAGACUCUGGACUCUCAGAGUAGAACCUAUGAAGUUGAAGAAGAGUUCACAGUCAAAGAAUUCAAAGACCACAUCUCCAGCUCAGUGAACAUCCCAGCUGACAAACAGAGGCUCAUUUACCAGGGCCGUGUCCUGCAAGAUGACAAGAAGUUGAAAGAUUAUGAUGUGCACCACAAAGUCAUCCAUUUGGUGGAGCGCGCUCCGCCACAGGCGCAGCCGGCGGCGGGAGGAACCUCGGCGGCGGGCACGUCCGUGCCGCACCCCGGUGGAGUGCGAGGGACGCCGGCUGGACCCCAUGACCGGAAUGCCAACAGCUAUGUCAUGGUGGGCACCUUCAAUUUGCCAGUCAACCUUCUAGACCCUCAGCAGAUACAGCAAUCAGUGCAGCAGGUGAUGGCAGGUUUGGGUGAGGCUGGUCGAAGUGCACGAGUCACAACUUCCACCGGGAGUGAAGGAUCAUCGGUGGAUGUACACAUCAAUGUGGAACAGAGUCCCAUCCAGAGUGAGCCACGAGUUCGCCUGGUGUUGGCACAGCACAUGCUGAGGGACAUUCAGGGUAUCUUGAACAGGCUGGAGGGUCAGGCAAAUGGCACUCAGCAGGAGUCGGCACAGAGCCCUGCGGAUUGCCACAGACGCUGUAGGAGAGCCAGCACCGCCAGCUGCACCAGUAGCUGGAGAGACCAUGGAGACAUCCAGCACAGAGCCUCAAGUAGCUCCGGCUACCCUGCCUCCGGAACCCCCACAGAAGGGACCGUUGAGGAGGGCACGAGUACCUCAGAGGGCACCGAACCAAGCGUGGGCUUGUCGUCGGCGACCACACAGACUGAGGAAGCCCCGCCUGGGCCCAAUCACCCAUCCCCUACAGAGUACCUCGAGGUCCUGAUGGAGCUCCAGCGGGUAGAGUCGAGAUUGCAACUCGUGCAGAGAUACCAGGAGAUCCUGAGCACGGCCACAACCGCAGACUACAACAACAAUACUGAGAGCAGAGAAGAAGACCAAAGGAUCAUCAACCUUGUCGGGGAAGCCCUUCGUUUCCUGGGCAACACCUUUGUGGCUCUGUCCGACCUUCGCUGUAACCUGGCAGCCAAUACCCCUCGCCACCUGCACGUGGUGAGGCCGAUGUCCCAUUACGCUUCACCCGUGGUGCUGCAGCAGGCUCUGCCCAUUCAGCAGAUCAAUGUCGGAACGACGGUCACCAUGACGACAACGGCAACCGGGUGCAGCCACAGCGCGAGGGACAGUCUCCAGCCCCAGCGACCACCAAUGCGACUCCUCCUGCACAGUCGCCGGCCACAGGAGACGCAGGAAGCCCCAGAGAGCCAGGGGCAGCAGGGCCAAGGCCAGGCCCCCCACCCCCGGGUCAUCCGCAUCACUCACCAAACCAUGGAGCCCGUCGUCAUGAUGCAGAUGAACCUACAAGGAGAUUCGGCCACACAGGGGAAUCCUUCUGCAACAGCCUCUUCUGCCACAGGGACCUCCGGACCAGGUGGGAUGCCACACAUUCAGAUCCCAGGGAUGUCGCCGGAAUUCAUGCAGACCAUCAUGCACCAGAUUACUCAGCAAGCCAUGGCGGCAGCCGGGGCGAGCUCGGGGCAGCAGGUGACGGGGUUUCAACCUUCUCCAGCCCGUGUGGUGAUAACCAGACCUCCGCCUCCUCCCCCACGACAGACUCAGCCAGCACCUGGGCCACAGCCGGGAGUGCAGGUUCCACCUGGCCCCGCUCCUGCUGUUGCUCCCCCUCCUGGCCCGGCCACCCUGGCACAGAUGAUUACCGGGCUGGUGGGGCAGCUUCUGAUGCAGCCUGUUGUCUUUGGCCAGCCCACGACCACAGGAGGCAGCUCCACGGCCACCACUGACACCAGCUCGGCGUCCGCCUCCACUACGGCCGGGAGAGCAUCCACCUCCACCACCAACUCCACCGGGACCACCACCACCAGCUCGGCCACGGCGGACACCGGCACCCACCCCACCGCCCAGCCCGACGUCCAGCUCUCGCAGCUCUUGGGCACCCUGCUGGGGGCGGCCGGUACCAGUGUGGGCAGUGUGGCCAGCAUGGGCUCGCCCACCAUCACCGUGACCCUGCCGGGAAUGCCGGCCUUCGUGCAGGGAAUGACUGAGUUCAUGCAGGCAGCCCAAGGAGCAGCGACGGUCCCUCAGCCCCCUGCCCAGGGCACUCCCCAGCAGGCACCUCCGACUCCGGCUCCGGCCCCGCCCCCGCCUCAGGUCCCGCCACAGCCGAGCCAGGAGAGGGAGAGCAGGCAGCAGGCGGGGGCGGACACCCUGACGCCGGAGUUCUUCACCAGCGUGGUGCAGGGCGUGCUGUCCUCCAUGAUGGGCUCGUUGAACGCCCAGCAGGGGAGCACGGAGAGCAUCGCCGACUUCAUCCAGAGACUCAGCGGCACCAGCAACAUCUUUGAGCCGGGUGCGGAUGGAGCCAUAGGGUUUUUCGGAGACUUGCUCUCGCUCAUCUGCCAGAACUUCUCCAUGGUGGACAUGAUCAUGUUGCUUCACGGCCAGUUCCAGCCGCUGCAACGGAUCCAGCCCCAGCUCAGCCGAUUCUUCCAGGAGCAAUACCUCAACAACCAGGAACCGACGGAGCAGAACAUCCGGGUAUCAACAGACAUGUUGAUAAAUGGUUUGGAGGAAUACAUCCAAGAAAGUUUUGCGUCUGUUGUGGUACGUGAUGAUGUGGACAUAACGCGGACAAACUUGGACUUCCUGCGGGAGCAAUUCAACAGGAUAGCCACCCACAUUCUCCAGUGCGCUGAUGCCACAUUUGGUCACCGACUUCUGGAGUUGUGUAAUCAGGCGCUGUUUGAGUGUUUGGCACUGAAUCUCUACAGUCUCCGUGGGGAGCAGAGUGCACUGACCAACGUGAUCAAUGACAGGAUCCGCCGAAUGUCUGUGGACGUGAACCCCUCGCUGGUGAACUGGCUGACCACCAUGAUGGCAAUGCGACUGCAGGUGAUCAUGGAGCACAUGCCGGUGACGGAAGAGCAGAUCCUGCAGUACGUGAGGAGGAGGGAGCCUCGGCCGCAGGAGGCAGAGCCACAGCAGAGCGUCCCAGAGGAACACACAGAGGAUCAUCCCAUGGAAUCUGAAGAGACUGUGCAAGAAGUGCCACAGAGGAAGGACUCGACGGCUUCUCCUGCUCCGGCCACCACCGCGGAGGAGGUGAUGUCGACGGAGCCAGCGGUGUCCAUGGGUGCCGACACCACGCAGAGGGAAGGAGCCGAGGCGGAGCCUUGGGUGGCUGCUGUUCCGCCGGAGUGGGUGCCCGUCAUCCGACAGGACAUUCAGAACCAGAGGAAGAUGAAGCCACAGCCACCUCUCAGUGACGCCUACCUCAGCGGCAUGCCAGCCAAGCGUCGAAAGACGAUGCAGUGUGAGGGACCGCCGCUUUCGCUGGCCGACGCCGUGGGCAAGGCUGCCAAGGCCGCAGGGGUCAAGCCGGUCACCAGCGCAGAAAGCCUGGCCAGAGACCUGGAGAGGACUGAGGCACAGGAGGCCUACAGGCAGCAGAUCCAGUCCGACAUCCAGAAGAGGAUAAGAGAGGACCCUGAGUACAACCCUCAGCGGUUCCCGAACACGCACACUGCAUUCGAGGAGCGCUCCUAGUGCUAGCAGACUGGCCCCCCCUCCUCUGUCAACGUCUGAAACCGCGGGGGUUCGAGGGGGAGGUUCAGACGCCGUGUAGCCCCUGCCCUGCCGUGAAUCCAUUCAUUGUCCGUGGUGUUUAAUUAUUCCCCUCCGCCGGACUCUGGCUGUGUUGCAUUUUACUGCUGUUUGUUCUGAACCUUGAAUAAAGUACCACAGUCCAAAGCUG